UUUUUAAAUACUUUUUAUAGUACUUAUAAUAAUAUACACCUUCAAUACAAAACAAUGUUUGACAACGCUACGGCUUCAAGAGAGAACCUCUCAGUCUGGUGCAUCGUGGUUCCAUUUUGUGACACAAGAAACUGUAACAUCAGUCAGCACGAUGCACCAACAUCAUGCGAUAAAUGUUACCCAGUAACAAUAGCUUUGCUGUUCAUAGUUCUUUUAUUCUUGAGCGUGUUCAUCGUACUUGGCAACAUUGGCAUUAUUCUUGUCAUAAUGAGAAACAAGAUAUUCCACAACCCUUUCCAUAUGUUCAAAUGUUCUCUGGCGGUUGCUGAUCUACUCGUUGGGAUCUUGGUGUUACCUGGAGCUCUGGUAGAGAUACCGAUUGUAUUACUAACACCAUAUGAUCACAACAAAACGAAUUAUGAUGGUGAUACUGAAACAAUUUAUACCUGGAAUGGAAAAACCGUUCAUCCAGAUAGUGUGUGCGCAAGAAUUCACCGGGAAGGCUUGACUACCUACGGAAUGCUUCUGAGCAUUGUGGGAGUUCUUUCAAUCAUGGCAUCAAUACUAAGUCUUGUACUUCUAAGCGUCGAUAGAUUUCUGGCUGUUCUUUGUCCUAUCAAGUAUAACCAGGGACGAGCUAUAGGCAACAAAAUGGCGGGAGUAUUGAUAAUGCUUGUUUGGGUUGCCUGCAUUACAUUAUCGGUCAUCCUUCCAAUAGCAAUGGGAGACGAGUAUUUCAGUUUUGUUCUCACGUCUACGAUGGUGUUCACAAUGGGAGUGAAAGACAGCGAUGUGGUAUUCUUCUACACAAUAUUUUCGAUCGGGCUCCCUUAUAUAACACUACUUGGAUUAAAUCUUGGAACGGGAGCACUUUUGUUUAAAAAAUGGGCAAAAAUAAAGAAAAGAACUAACAAUGUACCAAAAACGAGUCCUACACGACAAACGAGUCAGGCAAUACGACGAAGAAACGAAGUAAAAGCUACAGUAACUCUGUUGGUCAUGGUACUGGUGUUCACAAUGAGUACAGUUCCAUCACUCAUCGUUCUUAUGGUCUUCAACGACCAAAAUGCAAAGGGGACAUACGAGGAGGGAAACUACACUGAAGGGAUUAUCUACGUGUUCCUUGUUCUUCUGCUUGUCAGUAACAGCGCGUGGAACUUCAUUAUAUACAGUUGGAGAAACGAGAAUUUCCGUAAAGCUUUGAAGAAGAUGUUUGCCACAACAAUCGGAAAGAAGAGAAAGUUUAGUUGGGAGAAAUUCAAGUCCAUGAUUACAAGAGGAGACUCUGAUCGCAAAAGACGACGAAAGAUGAUCGCAAAAAGAUCGAAAAGCGGAGAGGAGAGAAAGAUGAAUAUUACGACAGUAAACGGAAAAGCGCAGACACAGAAAGACCCCAAAACGGGGAUGCCUAUUACUUUCAUACCGACAACCAAUCACCAACAAGUGUGGAGGGGGGACAACAAUGACGUCAUCAAUACUACAGGAAAGCGUCAAGAUAAAAACAGCCAACUAUCACUUAAUAUUUACUCCCCCAUAGAAAGAUAUAAUUCCUUAACGAGAAGUAUUUCGGCAUCCUCAAAUACAAAUGGAUUUACCAGAUGCACCGCAAGUACUGUGGUUUCGCCUGAAAUGUCGCCGGCGAUUAUGGAAGAAGACGAUUCGAUAGUGUUCUUCAGCGCCGUCGACGACAGCGUUGACAACAGCAACUCAACCGAAACCGAUAAGAAUAUGACGUCACAAAUGGAAUCGUCAGAAUUAGAAAAUAUUCAUGAAUUUGAAACAGACGCACAGGAAGAUUGUACCGAAGAAACCCCCAAAAUCGCUAAAACGGAGGAAACCUCGGAAAAUCAGGCCGAGAAAAAAACUGAAGAAUGCUGAAUAUGAAGGCGAAGCUGGAAAUAACACGGAAGAAAUAUGUCGCAGUCGCAAAUCUAGAAAUUUCAAAUCUGCUGGCAAAAUUGGGAUUUCAGACAAAUAAAAAAGAUAAUGAAAAAUAAAAAUAUAAUAUUAGAUCACAUUCCAAAACAGCCUAUGACGAUCAUAUUAGCCACAAUACUCUAUUAACACAGAAUAAAUACAGGGUGUCCAAUAAGUCCCUUUGCAGUUUCAAUUUUGUUAUGAAGUCAGUUCCCAAUAUAUCUUAACCAGGUUUGUUGUUUUUCAAUCACUAAUUGUUAAGUAUUUUUACUUCAUUUGAUACAUCUGUGAGGGCCAAAACAAUAUAUGGUAUCGGUAAAUCCCCUUUGCAAUUUAAAAAUAUUUUAAGACUUUAUGGAUACCUUAUAUGUUGCAAGGCAGGAAAUUGUUAUUUGCUUCAAAAUCUAAUAUGAAGUUGAAAUAUUCACUCACAUUUUAAAUCAAAUAGGCACCGUGAUAUUCUGGCAGAAGAGGCAUUACAUAUAUUCCAAAGACAAUAUAUAAUAAUAAAUUACAAUCCCUAACAGCUCUUGUCAAGUGUACAAAUCAGCCACAAGAGCUUAUUACUCAGUGAACUAAGUGAACAGAACAGCAUUGCAGCACAUCACCUAUAAAAACAUUCAGCAGAAAAAAACACUCAUAACUGCUUGAGACGACCGAACCCGCCACGUAUCUCUACUACAUAGUACUCUAUCUGCUAUUGAAUGCGUUAUUAUUUUGUAUUUUACUUACUUUCUAUAUACGUACUACUAACAACUUGGGGUGCAACAUUCAAUUAAAUUACGACCCAGUAAUUAUAAGGCGAUGGAGGCGACCCAGUAAUUAAAGUGCGGGAACACCUGUUGCCACUUAGUGACACCAGAAAUCUUCUGGGGCCUCUUUACUAAUCUUCCAUGCCUGGUGUUAAGCGUCUUCCUGGCAUGCCUUUGAAUUAGCGUCCACUAUUCGGGAUAUGUAUAGGUCCUUUAUUCUAUAAUGUAAAUG